CCCCCCCCCCGCCGCUUUCCCGGGUCAUAUGCCGGGGGCGGGGCGGGCCCGCGCGCUGCUCCCCGCAGCUCCGCUGUCGGCCGCGCCGUCUCUCGGGGCCGAGCGGCACCGGCAAUCCUCCGUGCCCCCCGUCCGUCCCCGCUGCCGCGCCAUGGCCGCCGCCGGGGUCUGGGGGCUGGCGCUGGCCGCUCUGCUGGUGCUGAGCCCGGCGGGGGCAGUCCGGCAGGCGCGGAGGCCCAACGUGGUGCUCAUCCUCACCGACGACCAGGACGUCUGCCUGGGCGGCAUGACCCCCCUAAAGAAGACUAAUGCUCUUAUUGCUCAAAAGGGAAUAACCUUCCUAAACUCAUACGUUCCCAGUGCACUUUGCUGUCCCAGUCGAGCUAGCAUUCUAACAGGAAAAUAUCCACAUAAUCAUCAUGUUGUCAAUAACACUCUGGAAGGAAACUGUAGCAGCAAGUUAUGGCAGAAGAUUCAAGAACCAUACACUUUCCCAGCGCUGCUCAAAACUAUGUGUGGUUAUCAAACAUUCUUUGCUGGAAAGUAUUUGAAUGAGUACGGAGCAGAGGAUGCAGGGGGAGUAGGUCAUGUCCCUCCUGGAUGGAGUUUUUGGUAUGCUUUGGAGAAGAAUUCAAAGUACUACAACUACACCCUUUCAGUAAAUGGCAAAGCACGAAGGCAUGGUGAGAACUACAGUGUAGAUUAUCUGACAGAUGUACUGGCCAACAUGUCAUUGGACUUCUUGGAGUACAAAUCUAACUUUGAACCUUUCUUUAUGAUGAUCUCAACCCCGGCACCGCACUCCCCCUGGACAGCUGCUCCACAGUAUACAAAAAGCUUUCAGAAUGUCAGUGCUCCAAGAAACAGCAAUUUUAAUAUUCAUGGAAAGAACAAGCACUGGUUAAUUCGGCAAGCAAAGACCCCAAUGACUAAUUCUUCAAUACAGUUUCUUGAUGAUGCUUAUAGAAAGCGGUGGCAAACACUCCUUUCAGUAGAUGACCUGAUAGAAAAACUAGUGAAGAAGCUGGAACUGAAUGGAGAAUUGGACAACACAUACAUCUUUUACACAUCGGACAAUGGCUUCCACACUGGCCAGUUUUCUUUGCCAAUAGACAAACGACAGCUGUAUGAGUUUGAUAUCAAAGUUCCAUUGCUAGUUCGAGGACCAGGGAUAAAACCAAAUCAGACGAACAAGAUGCUUGUUGCAAAUAUUGAUUUGGGUCCCACUAUUCUGGAUAUCGCAGGGUAUGACUUGAAUAAGACCCAGAUGGAUGGGAUGUCGCUAUUGCCGCUGUUGAGAGGAGACAAAAAUGUGACGUGGAGAUCAGACUUCUUGGUGGAGUACCAAGGAGAAGGAUACAACGGCAGUGAUCCGACCUGUCCCGGCCUUGGACCUGGAGUCACACACUGCUUCCCAGACUGUGUCUGUGAAGAUUCCUACAACAACACAUACGCUUGUGUAAGGACACUGUCAACUUCCUGGGAUCUGCAGUACUGUGAAUUUGAUGACCGGGAGGUGUUUGUGGAAGUGUACAACUUGACUGCAGAUCCACACCAGAUCAAUAACAUUGCUAAAACAAUUGAUCAAGAAAUUCUAGAAAAGAUGAACUAUCGAUUAAUGAUGCUGCAGUCCUGUUCAGGAGCAACUUGCCGUACACCAGGUGUCUUCGAUCCAGGGUACAGGUUUGACCCGCGGCUCAUGUUCAGCAAUCACGGGGUUCGGGCUCGGAGGUUUUCUGCACAGUCCCUAUAAGGCACGUAAGAGCCUCUUGCAAUCCGCUCCCGCUGACCAGAUUCUCCAGUGGCUGCAGCAGGUCUGUCUCUGUAACUGCCCUUGAUCGCAGCUGGAAGACUUUCAAUGGGCUAUUCAAACCCUGUUUGGAAGAAACUCCUUGUCUUUAGCUGGUUGCCUUGUGCAAUAUGUAUAUUACAGCUGAACUGUAACUCUAAAGCAUUAGACACAGCUAAUCUGUCUUGCUCAGAUAGUUGAUUACCACCUUUGUCUUUCAAGUACCUUUUCAUAUCACAGGCACAGAGGUGAACCUAUGCCUAUGGAUCUCAACAGUUUAUUUUGUUCUAAAAAAAUCAAUAAAUGCACAUGUGAGUUGGGUUAGAUAGGCAGGUGCUAUUGCACAGUAAUGCUCACCCAUAUUCAGUGUCAUAGACUUUCUUAAAAGCUAUGUUUAAUUAUAGGUUUCCUGUGUGCUGCUAACAACAAUAGCAAACUGGCCCCAAAUAGCGUAGGAGGGCGAUAGUCAAAACCGUAGGAUCUGUCUAGCAAGUGUCUUGUGCAGAAUUAAAAUCCGUGUGCUAAAUACUCUCUUUCAAAGAGACCACUUCAAAUGAGACCAAUGAAUUUUGUAGGACAGCUUUGGUAGCUUGCAAACAGGAAUGUAAUUUCAACCUCCUUCUAGUUUGAAAUGCUGGAAUGGGUUACUAUGUACUACUGAAAAAACUCUGAGGGUUUAAUAUAGGCUUCCUAGUGAGUUAAACAAAAGAGUAUUGAGACUAACAAGUGUUCAAAUAAGCGUGCCUGUGAUUUGAGCUAACUCUUAAGUCUAUUUUAAUACACGAACAGAAGUUCUACUAAAAAAAAAAAUCCAUUAAAAAAAAAAAAAACCAGGGCACCACAGUAGAAUUGAUCUGUCUAACCUCCAAACAUCUUGAAUUGUGUCUAACAUCUUAUGUUGAUUAGAUUCUUGGAAGUAAAUUAUUUGGAAAGCAGACUAGCUAAUAAGUAAAUCAUUGCUCACUAGAAGAUAGGCUAAGGGGGCUAUUCCAGGCAGUUUAAGUGCUUCAUGGCGUGUUGCUUUUUGGUUGAGACCUAACUACUCGGAACCUGCAGGGAGUGGCCUUCACACCCGGGGACGGCGUGGCAGAUGUCUGGCUGCAGUACGUUGUCACUCGGUGUCCCCGUGGAAGGGCGAUGUUGUCUUUUCAACCCGCUGAUUAGGCUUCUCUGAAAUGCAGCCACCGCUUGCACCCAGACUUGAGUAUCUUUCUAAAUCUCGAAAACCACCCGAAUUUGCGUCAGCAUGUAACUUUUGUAUAGAUUCUUGGCAAAACAGCUUCCAGAAACACCGAAUUGUGUGUCUUUUGCAAGACAAGCUCGUGUUGCUUGUGGGCAAAUCAGCUGCGUUAUCAGGCAAGAUAACCGUUCCCUUGUCAAACUGUGGCACAAUUGUUUAGUUUUCAGUUAUUUCAGAUCUUUUACUCAAAUAGAGAGCAUGAUGAUUUCAACUUUUGUCACAUAAAACUUUCUACUAAGCAAUCAUUCAGUAGGCAACAAAGUACAACUCUCAAAACUGUGAAGGUGCAUACUGCAGUGCAUAGAGCCACAGACUGGAUAAAAGCAAUGCUACAAAAGAUAAGUUGAAUUUUCUUUGCUUUUAACUCUGAAGCACAGAAGUUGUCCUUCAUGUAGCUUAGAGUUGCUAACUUCUGUGGUGGUCUGCAGGUUAGAUUUCAUAGAGCUUUUGCCUCACAUCUAAUUCAUUGUUUCAAAUCUCAAGUGACCAAAUAUUUUCAGGAAAAAAACAAAACUCCUCUUGAAAACUAACUUCUCAGUUGGAGCAUCUGUAUAAGCGCAGAGGUGUUUGGGUAUUCAAACUACUUACACACUUCCAAAUACUCAGGAUUUUUUUCCUCCACUGCAGCUGUAGCUUUAUCCUGGUUUUUGUUUCUCAAGCCUUAGUAUUGCCCAUCAAUAACCUUCAGACUCCAUUUUGUCUUUAAAAACAAAACCAAAGUUGUUUUCAUGCUCUCAAGCAUUUUCUUGCACACUGAGCUAAAUGUAAAGUUCAUUUACGUAGUGUUUUGCUCAGAUAAUCCUAGCCACUUAGACUUGUUCUUUGUUUAAAGUUUAUUUUGGUAGCUGUGUGAAGGGUAGUGUGAAAUACAUUGAUUGCUGCACAUUAAACUCUCAACAGUUCUACCAAAUCUAGGUCAUAUGUCAAGUUUCUACUUGAGCUAAGUUUCAGUGCAAGAAAUGUGCAUUAUGUUGCUGCUUAAUAGAAAAACAAAACAAAACUUUGCUAUGGGUACACAUAUGUAACUCACACUGUCUUUUCUUAAAGUGAUCUUAAGUCAUAACAAGGAAAUAAUCUUUUGAUGAUUUCCUUUUUGCCUAAUAACUAAUAUGAAAGUUGACAGAAGGGAUACAGAUUAUUCCGUGUGUGUGACCAGACGUUUUACCCAAAUUAACACUCUUGCUGUCUGCAACACCUGUAAAGCAUUUUGUAACUAGGCUCCAUAACUUACAAACUCUCUGUUGGAGAACCACCCUGUAUCUGAAGUCUGUCACAGGUAGUAAAUGUUGUAUUAGAUUGGAAUUCAGAAUGAAAUUAGUCAGUCCUUACUUAACCAGAACGGUGGGUCAGGAAGGUGCCUGCUUCACACCUGCUUUUGCUAAAGACUGAGGAACGGUGGAGCAGGAGCCUGUAGUUGAAGGGAGAACAGGAACCAACAGCUGCCUGCCUUCCACUGCUGUUAGAGGAGCUGGUCGCUCGUCUGGUGCCUGUUAACAUGAAGCAGUUAAUUCUGAGUGCUCUUACAGCCUUGAAUGAUCAGUGUUAAUUCUUAUCCUCGAUGAUUAAAAAAAUACUAUGAAGGAACUUUGACUCUUACCCAGAUCUAAUUCCCAACUAAGUAAUUUUAGAACUAAAUGGUCUUCCUGGAUAUUCCAUUUGAUACACUAUCUGGCCAUGACUGUACCUGUACCUUGUUACUGGAGGCAUUUGUGUUAAAUGAAAGGGCCUUACUGGUACAGAGUUGGGUUUAGGUAAAAAUGUGAUCUUUUUUAAGUUUAUUUUUAAAAAAAUCAUUAUCGAAAGCAGAGCUGUGAAUUUUAAUGAUCUGAUCUGGUAAAAUAAAUACUCUACAGGUAGAAGUACAGUUAAUAACUUUAUUACAAUAUUCUAAACCAAAACCCAUUCAUUGUCAUCACCUGAGCUCAAGUGAAUACAGCUAGUAGAUGCUUACAUGGCACAGGCCCAGUAAAUUGGGCUUCUUCAUUUUGAGGAAUAAAGCUGUUACAGGGACACGUACAUGCAAACACACACCCAAAGCAGGUAUACUACCUUUUCAUUCAAGUUAAAUUUAAGACUGAUUCUACAAGCUAAAUACAAUAUUUCAUCAUAAUGAAACUGCUGUCAUUUACUGUGAUUCAAUUAAUUUUAUUUGUAUUACUCUCUCUGUACGUGAGCAUACUUUGCUGUAGCAUGUUGUGAGCAUCCUUAACUUCUGCUGUUUUGAACAUUUGUUUGGAAAGUGCCCUUCCAGAGGACCCUGUUCACUGCUGCACUUUUGGGGAAAGAAAAAAUAAACUGCCUAUCAAACUUUC